ACAAAGUGGUGCUCAAUUAUCAGUAAUUUACAAUAUUAGGAAACUUGAUUCCAUAAGCCAACUGAACUGAUUAAUGUUUAACCAGAAAUGAGUCUGAGCUUAUAUAACAAGUAAACAGAACAGAACAGAAACCGAAGUACAAAUACGGAAUACCGAAUACCGAAACCGAUCGAGCAAAAACCAUUAGAACCGAAGCUCACCUCGCCGCCAUCGUACCGGGAAAUUGAAAAUAAAAUGCGAAUCGUUGGCCCCAGUAUGCUGUCAGCCCUCAAGCGGCUUUCAGUCAGCCAUCAGAAUCAGCCGAUAUUGACGCUAUCACUACGAUCAGUCCACAGUCAAUACGGGACAAUGAGCCUGCCGGAACGCAAACCCUUCACGCCGGACUUCUUCUUCCGUCAACUGUUCGAUGGGGAGAGCAGCACCUACAGCUACCUGCUGGCGGAUCUGAAGACUGGCGAGGCCGUGAUCAUUGAUCCCGUGCUGGAGCAGGCCAAGCGAGAUGCCCAGCUGGUCAAGGAGUUGGGCUUCAAGCUCAAAUAUGCCAUCAACACACACAUGCACGCGGAUCACAUAACGGGCAGCGGUUGGCUCAGAGAGCUGACGGGCUGCCAGUCGGUGAUUGCCGCCGCCAGCGGUGCCAAGGCGGACUGCCACUUGAAUGAGGGCGAUCGCGUCGAAUUUGGUAGCCAUGUCAUUGAUGCACUGGCCACCCCGGGCCACACCAAUGGCUGCAUGAGCUAUGUGAUCAAGGAUCAGGGCUGCGUCUUUACCGGCGACACACUCCUAAUACGCGGCUGCGGACGCACCGACUUCCAAGAGGGCAGCCCCAAGAAUUUGUAUGAAAAUGUCCACAGCAAGAUCUUUACGCUGCCCGAAAACUACCGCAUCUAUCCGGCCCAUGACUACAAAGGACAGCUGGAGAGCAGCGUGUGGGAGGAGAAGCGCUAUAAUCCCCGCCUAACCAAGGAUCUGGAGGAGUUUAUCAAAAUCAUGGACAACCUCAACUUGCCUUAUCCCAAGAAGAUAGAUGCGUCGCUGCCCGCCAAUCGGGAGUGCGGAGUCUACGAUAUACCCAAGGAGUAGCCCAUGCCAAUAAAGUCCCCACAAGUGCAUCUAAUUAAACGAACAUAUAUCACAGUACUUCCAAGAGAUUUGUAAUCUAUCAAAUAAAUAUGCCUGUGUAAAAUCUAUA